AUGCGGUCCUUCGUCUGGGCCCUGCUGGGCCUGGGUGUUGUGCCUGCUUUGGCCACCGACACCCUGAGCACCAGUGGUUUCAACCUGUGCAUGACGGACUCCGCUAUCAAAGUCCAAAAUCUUGAUGUCACUUACACUCGCUCUACUAACGAGGUUGUCUUCGACGUGGCUGGUACCAACUCGAAGAAACAAAACGUUACUGCGACCCUGACCGUGACUGCCUACGGCAACGAACUUUACUCGAAGACGUUCGAUCCAUGUGGCACGGAAAUCCACGUCGACCGUUUGUGUCCUGUCCCCUCUGGCGCCUUCUCCGCCAAGGGAAGCUAUAGCAUCCCCGACAACUACGCCAGUCAAAUCCCUUCGAUCGCCUUCAACAUACCCGACCUGGAUGGCCAGGCCAAGAUGGUCUUGAAGAGUGCUGAUGGCGAUAAUGUCGCCUGUGUUCAAUCCGAAUUGUCCAAUGGAAAGUCGACCGAUGUGAAGGGUGUCGCUUGGGCUUCCGCCGGUAUUGCAGCUGGUGCCCUAGCUCUCAGUGGAUUGUCUGCUCUCGGUACCGCAGGUCACCCGGGAGCUACUUCCUCGAGCCCAGGCUUCGGCGACGUGAUGGGUUGGUUCCACUCCAUGGCCACCAAUGGCAUGUUGAGUGUUAGCUAUCCUAAAGUCUAUUCAAGCUUCUCCAAGAACUUUGCUUGGAGUACUGGCCUCAUCUCAUGGGACAGCAUGCAGAAUUCGAUCGAUAGUUUCCGCAAAUCCACCGGUGGAAACUUGACCGAUAACAGCUACAGCUACCUCUACGACCUGUCUUCUAGCUCCUCCAAAACGAAUUCGUCGACAACAACCAAGCGUGGCCUAGACAUGGUGCUCCGUCUCGGUGGUGAGAUUAUGGCCCGUUCUGUGGAAACCUCUUCGUCCGACUCGACCAACAGCACGGGCAGCAGCGACAGCCUCUCGGAUAUUAAUGUGACUUCCGAAGCCGGUCUCAAGAAACUUGGCGAGGACCUCAUGGUGCCUUCCGCCAAUAUUUUCAUGACUGUCCUCUUGAUCUUCGCCAUUGUCAUCGCCGUCGUUAUAGUUGGUAUCCUGUUGGUGAAGGUUAUCCUGGAAGCCUGGGCCCUCUGGGGUAACUUCCCCAAGAAGCUGUCAACCUUCCGCAAAGACUACUGGGGUCUGAUGGCACGUACCAUCACCAAUAUGAUCCUUGUCCUUUACAGCAUCUGGGUGCUCUACUGUGUCUAUCAACUGAAGAAUGGUGACUCGUGGGCCGCUAAACUUUUGGCUGCGAUCACUCUGGCUCUAUUCACAGCCGUUUUGCUCUUCUUCGCCUGGCGUAUCAUCUACAUGGCUCGCAAGUACAAGAAGGCUGAAGGCGAUGCGACUUCCUUGUAUGAUAACAAGGACACCUGGCGCAAGUACAGUCUCUUCUAUGAUAACUACAAGAAGGACUUCUGGUGGUUGUUUAUCCCAAUCAUCGUCUACUCGUUGGCCAAGGAUGGCCACGGAAUGGCCCAGAGUGCCGGCCAGCUGGUUGUCGAGGCUCUGCUCUUGAUUCUCCUGUUGUGGAACCGCCCCUACGCCACCAAGUCCUCCAUGGGAAUCAACAUGACCAUCCAGAUCGUCCGUGUGUUGUCCGUUGCCUGUGUGUUGGUUUUCGUUGAAGAACUAGGUCUUUCCCAGACCACCAAGACAGUCACCGGCAUUGUCCUCAUUGUCGUCCAGUCCACUCUCACCGGUGUCCUCGCGAUCCUCAUCGCAGUCAACGCUAUCAUCAUGUGCAUUCGCGAGAACCCCCACGCCAAGAGGAGAAAGGAAGCCGAAAAGGCCAACCGUGACCUCGACGACCUCACCCCCUUGGAUGCCCGCGAAUCCCUGCUGAUCGAGCACCCCCCGAAGAGAGAUUACAACGAAGUGAGCAGGUUCAACUUUGCCAGUCCCUACGAGCCAUAUAGGGAUCAACCAUCACACCGCCACGCCUCCGCCGGCAGCCACGAGAACCUCGUCUAUGCUGACUACGGCGUCGCCAAUACCCAUGACCGCAGUUACAGCCAGCAGUCUCACGACGGUCGGCGAAGCCCAUCACUUGAGGGCCGCCAUCCGACUAAACCCGGUUACGGCAUGGCGUACUGA